AUGUCUCGCUCCCGACGUCCAACGCUAUCGAUCCAACCACCCUCCAGCCCGCACUCCCAUGCCCCCUCCCUUCGAUCACCCCACGGCCAAGCUCUCCCCUCCCCUCUAUCUAUGCCAGCCCCUCCCCAGCCCGAAGAAUACGAGUUUCACCCUCCUGGAACUCCUACCGCAGGAGCGUACUCGAGGGACGGUCUAUGGGACGAGCCGGAAGAGUACAACUUUUCCUCCAUGACCGAAAGGACAAGGUCAACAUCCCCUAGCGUGUACUUGUCAGCCCAAAGCUCGAGGAUGGGGAGCAUUGCCAUUCCGGGCAUUCCAGGACGAAGGGAGGGGAGUAUGGGCGGAGCUUCGGUGUACAGCUCGGUGCCUUCACAUGGAUGGCGUGGGACGGUCAUGUCAAAUGCGGGUGACGAGAGGGAUGAUGUGAAAGCAAAGAGUGGCCUUGAAGACUCUGGCGCUGGAAAGCUCGUCAAGCAAAAGAGUAUGAGAUUCCUGCGGGGAAUGGGGGGUUCUGGAAGUGCUGCGGUCAAUGGUGGAAAGAAGUUUGAUCUGGGAGUUCAUGUGGACGACAAUGUUGAUGACUCGUUUGAAGCGCCUCCUCCACUUCCUACUACCCCCUCAACAUAUAUCACUGCCUCGCCCGCGGUGAUGAUGCCCACGCCAUCGCCGUAUACCCCACAGGCAUCCUUCCCUUCACCGGCGAGCCCACCAGAGCAAUACCAUCACUUGUAUCCCAAGCCACCCAAGCAAUCGUUGCGGUCGCCAAUCAACCUUCCAUCCCCAAAGCAUGAUUUUGGCCCUCCCCUGCCAGCCUCUCCAGCUGUCAACUCCCAGACAUAUCCUCUCAGGGAAACGAAAGAAAACAUUGUCAAUGCCAAAGCCGAGAGCAGCUCUUCAUGGAAAAAGGGCAUGCGAAAACUUUUCAAAUCCAAAUCGCAUGCUGCUCUUCGCCCAUCAGCACCAGCGGAUGGUGGCGCUAAGGACCGACCCCUCCCCCCUCUCCCGACAUACUCUAAAGUCAGUGGGAAAUUCGCGUCUCAGACCCCACCGUCUAGCGCCACCUCUCCACGCCCGCCGUUAGGUGAGGCGAAGAGGAGCAACAACAUAUUGUCAUUUUUGUCUCCCUCGCAUUCACCUGCAUCAGCAACCACGCCGCUCAUGCCAGAGCAUGACUUUAUCUUUAGCCACCCAUCUCUGCCUUCCGAUCCAUUUGAGAGUGCUUUGGAUAUUGCGGCGGAUCCAGUCCAUGAAGAUCUCAGACCACCAUCCCCUCAGCGCAGGCUGCGACCACACUCGCCCUCAAUUAGGGAUUUGAGAAAUAUGCUCAGCCUCCCGUCGCGAGAGGGAAGAGAGAAAGAAAACAAGGAGAACAAGGAGAGCAAGCCAAAAUUGACCAAAGCCCGCUCCCUGGCAAACAUGCGGUCAUUCGGUAGAGAAAAGGCGGAGAACGAUGGCGCGCCAUUGAAAAAGGCCGACAAGCCUUCUGGAAUACGGGGUCUGGCACCUUCACCAGUCGUGGUAGAGAAACCGUGCGACAAGAAGGACACUGCAUCGGUCAUAUCUGCCACAGCUCCCUCCAUACCGCCCAUGGCUCCACUCGACUUUUCCGCUCCUUUAGACUCUCCCGAGCUGCUGCCCCCUAACCCUGCAUAUAUGAGUCGUCCGAUAUCAAAGAGCCCAUCAGAUGCCACACCCCCAGAUGUGCCUCUUCCUCCGGCACCAUCCAACGUCACACAUUCGCCUUCAUCAUCGCCUGCUCUCCCGGCCGGUCUGUUGACCCCGAUCACGACCACCCCUCUAUCUACAGGCUCGUCUCCUGUCUCCCCCAGCAGCGGUAGUCCACUCGGGCUCAGUCCGGGCGGGCGUAUCAUGGCGAGAAGCGGGUCUACGCCGGUGCUGUUACCCCGGAGUCGAUCAACGAGCAUGUCUCUGAAGAGCCCGCCGACAAGUUCGAGUUUCUUUGACUUAUAUGAGCAGCUGGGUAUCUGGCCCAAGGGGGAGAACAAGGACAAGGUCGAUGAGGAGAAGGAGGAUGACUUGAUACAAGAGCUGAAGAAUGAAGACGGCCCUGUAGCGGAGGUGGGCGCUGGCGAGGGCAAGGAGCGGCUCUCUGACGUCGAGUCUGCUCGGGUGCCCCCUUCCAUUGAGACGACUGCGUCGGGCGGCGAGCUGGGUGCCUCUUCGUCGCUGAUGAGCCUGAGCAGCGCCGGAUGGGGUCCCAUUCUUGGACUGUUCCCUGAGGGCCCGAGCGCGGAGGAGCGCGGUGCCUCGGGAUCUGGCAAGAGUUCCAUUGUUGUCGGCGGCGCGUCCAGCCUCGAAAUCCAGUUCCAGUCAACUCCAAAGUCCAAGGCCCACCGAGAACACGCCGAACACGAAGAGGUCCUCCACACCGCAGACCCAGACAGCUCAUCCCUCCGUGCGGCCGCCGGCUCGUCCAGGAGCAGCUCGUUCUACCCCGCCGCUCUCGAGAUCUCCAUGUCGACCAUGAAUCCCCGGACCAGCACAGAGACACAGGCAACCAGUGUCGGCUCUCUCAAGCACGACAUGCUCGACAAAAGCGCGCGAGGUAUGGAGAGGGAAGAGGAUGAUAUCCCACUUGCAAAAGUCCACCCUGAAGCUGCCCUGGUGCAAAUUCAGCGUGCAUCCACCUUGUCACAUCCCGCCCCACCAGCUCCAUCCACAUCCUCGCGGCCCCGUGGCAAGUCGGUGUCGCUCUCAAAGAUCAAAGUCCGGGGACGCAACCCAGGCGGCGACACCGAUUGGGACGGUGAAGGCGGGGUUCCUGCCGAUGUGCUUGCCAAGAAGCUGGAAGAUGUGUUGGUGAUGAGGCAGAAAUGGGACUCGAUGGCUGCUCAGGCGCGUAUGCAGGCGUCCACGGAGGUUCAGGGGGAGAAGGUCAUCUCUUCGCGUCCUACGCGCCCACCUCCUGCUAUUCCUCGCGAUUCUGCAGCGUCCGGGACCAGCCCCCUUGAGAUUCGCAAGAAGCCCUCACAGCCCCAGCUUGUGGCUGCCCAACCCAGUGCCCCUCCUGCCAUCCCUCGAGCUCAGACAAGGUCAAUCCCGAUCGAUAUCGUCCCGUCUCAAGGUGGAAUUGUCAAGCGAAUCUCUAAAGAGGUGCAUGCGAGGACAACCGCAAAGGAUGUGCUCUCUGCUGCUUACCAAGCGAGAGAGCUCUCCGAUGCGGAGGGCGGCUUGUCAUGGGUGGUUUGUGAAGUCUUUGCUGAAAUGAACUGUGAGAGACAUGUGCGAGAGUAUGAGACGAUACAGUCCAUCAUGAAUGGGUGGGAGCAAGGAAGAGGAAACAGGUUUGAGAUCAAGCAGUCUACUCGUGGUGUUUUGACUUGGGCUCGGACUGUUCCUACUACGCCGCCCAUGUUUGGCGGCUGGGUGAUGCACGAGUCAAAGAAAGGGAAAUGGUCGAGAAGAUGGUUGGAGACUCGCGGAGGCCACGUCUUCCUGGCAAAGAAUGAUAAGGGCAAGGAUGAAGUCCAUCUCAACACUCUCUUCUUCGACGUCUACUCAUUCCUCUCUUCAUACAACAACCAGUCCCACGCGUUCAUGUUGAAACGAUCCGAAGCGGCAGGCAACUUUGAGAAUAGAGAGGAGUGGGGUCAUGUCUUUGCAUGUGAGAGUAACGAGGCGUUCAAGUUGGAAGGAGCCAUUCAUGAAGCGAGGAGCUAUACCCUGGCGCAGACGUACCCCCACUCUGUCGCUUCUCAACGCCCUGUACAGGCUCGCCCGACUAAUGGGCACGCUCACGCGGUGAAGACUUUGGUGAACCUGGGAGAGGCAGAGGCAAGCACGAAAAAGCCGUCGCCGUUUACCGGAAAAGGCUUGUUGAGAAUAUAG